GCUAUGUUCUAAGGUGUCCGUGAAUUUUACGCUGGCCACCUUGGCAUAUUUGUAGAGCAGCUGAUUGAUCUGAUUCUUUUUAUUGUAAUUGUAAAAUUACGGUAAAAUUGUUUAAUUUGCAUUAAUACUCGUGCAUUAUAACCAUGUCUAUGGAGACUGUACCAAAAAAUUUGCGUGGAUUGAGAGCAUGUUUGGUGUGCUCUUUGAUUAAGACCUUUGAUCAGUUCGAAUACGAUGGAUGCGACAAUUGUGACGAGUUUCUACGCAUGAAAAAUAAUAAGGACAAUGUGUUCGAUUGUACGAGCUCCAACUUUGAUGGAAUGAUUGCUGCAAUGAGUCCAGAAGAUAGCUGGGUGUGCAAAUGGAAACGAAUAAAUCGCUUCUGCAAAGGCGUCUAUGCUAUAUCAGUAUCUGGACGAUUACCAGCUGGAGUCAUCCGAGAAAUGAAAAGCAGAGGAAUUGGAUAUAGAUCGCGCGAUACGAGUCAACGAUAAUUACUAAAAAUUGUUCAUGUGUUAUGUAAAUAAUGUAAAUAAUGUAAAAUAAACUUUUUUUGAUAUCAUAUAAUAAAUUAAAUUAUUAAUCGA